AUGAUGGAAAUUUCGAGUGGCAGUGAUUAUAGCGAUAUUGCUAACGAGAUAAUGCAAAGAUAUGAAGAGAAAAAAAAGAAAGAAGAAGAAAAGAGAAAGAUUGAAGUCAAGAAUUAUGAUGAUACCCUUGAGUGUAAUAAAAUUGUUAAUUUGAACGAAUGUAAUAAUGAAAGUAUAAUUAAUAAUUUGAAUGAUGAUAGUAGUUAUGAUUCGCUGGUUGAUGAAUUUUAUAAUAAAACUAUAAAUAAAAAUGAGAAUGAAAAUGAUGAAGAAAUAAUUAAUGUAAAUAAUUUUUAUUUGAGUGAUAAUGAAAAGAAAGAAGAAAAUGCAAAUAUAAUAAAUGAUAAAAUGAAACAGAAUAAUUAUAUAAAAAAUAAAAAAGAACAAAUUAUUAAAAAAAAAGUUAUACAAAGAAAUAAUGAAAUAUUCAAAAGAAAUUAUAAUAGACCAUUAAUGCCAUUAUUAGUAAAAAAAAAAAAAAAAAAUUUUAUCUCUCAUAAAAAUAGAAAAGACAUACUUCAAAAAAAUAAUAAAAUACACUUAAAAAAAAUUUAUCAUAUGAAUGAAUGGGAUAGUAAUCAAAAUGAUUUGGCCAAAUAUAAAUUAUCUAAAGAAGAACUUGAACAAAAAAAAAAUAAUUUAAAAUCAAAAAAUAUAGAUAAGGUAAAAAUAGAAUAUCAACAAAAAUUACAAAAAAUGAGAGAAAACCAAAAAGUGGGAAACAAAAAUUUUAGCAUGUCUCCAAAAUGGAAACAAGAAAAAAAGGAAGGAGAUCAUAACAAAGAAUUAAUCAAUUCGAAUUGUUCAAAUAAAUCAAAGAAUGGAAAGCUAAUUAUUUUAAGUGAAGAAAAUAAUAAAAAAAAAAAUAAAACAAAAAAUAACAUCAACAGUAAUAAUAAUAAUAGUAAUAAUAAUAAUAAUAGUAAUAAUAAUAAUAGUAAUAAUAGUAAUAAUAAUAAUAGUAAUAAUAUUUUAAGAAAAGAUAAAAUAUUAAAACAGGAUGAAAUAUAUCAAACUCUGAAAAAAGUUGGAAAUACAAAUGAAAUGAAGGAAAACUGUUUGAAAGAUCCUAUUAAUAAUAUUUUAUGUGAUGAUAAUACAUAUUAUUACAGUGAUCAUACAAACAAUAGUAAUAAUUAUUAUCAUUUAAAUGAACACCUUGAACAAAAUCAUAUCAAUAAGUCCAAUGUAAGAAGUCCAAAUAAGAAAGUGAAAAAUUAUUAUAAUAAUAAAAAAAUGACAAAUCCAAAAAAUAAUAAAAGUCUAAAUAGUUACAGAAACAAAGUUAAUUCUUUUAAAAAUAUUAAUAAAUCAUGUGAUGAUAAUAUUUCAAAUCAUACAUAUAAUGAUACAAUUGAUAUAUUUGAUGAUAAUUUGGAUAUUUAUGAUAGUAAUAAUAGUUCUUCCUAUGUAACAAAAAAGAAAUUAUUUCAUACUUAUAAGAAUGUGUCAUCAAAUAAUAAAAAAACAAGUACACAUAUAAAAGAAUUAUAUAAACGAUCAAGAAAUUAUCAUGAUUACUCCAUUGAUACAGAUGAUACAUCCUAUAGUGAUGAUCACAUAUUAGAUAAAUUUACAGAUACAUUGAAAAAUUAUAAUGAAAAUUUAUAUAUUGAUAUAGAAAAUAUAAAUGUAAAACUAGACACAGAACUAUUUCAAAAGAAUGUCAAAAAAUUCCAAGCUAAAAAAUAUUAUCCAAAUAUUGAUUUAAAUAUGUUAGAUGAAUUUUCAUCAUCAUCUAAUAAUAACUCACUUCAUUCAUCUCUAAUAUCACAUGAUGAAUAUGUAUUGGAUUCUGAUUAUUCUGAGCAAAUAAAAAAAAUAUCUUUCGAUGCAAAUUAUGAUGACUCUAACGAAGAUGAUCAUAUUAUAAGAUUUAAGAAAAAUAAAUUGGAAACGUUUAAUUAUAUAAAAAAUAUUAUGCAGCAAUUAAAGCAUUUGGACAUAGAAGACAAAAUAGACAAUGAAAAAAAAUAUAAUCAUAAUAUUAAGGGGGAUAAUAUUAAUAAUGAUAAUAAUAAUAAUAAUAAUAAUAAUAGUUGUAAUUAUUUGAAGCAUGCUAAUAUUGAUUAUUAUAUAAAACAAAAUGUUAAGAAUAAUUAUAAUGACGAUAUAAUAAUGAAGAAGGAUAGUAAUUGUGAAAAGAACGCAUUUUUUAAUACCCAAACAAAUGAAGUUAUUAAUUUAAUAGAAGCAGAUCAUAAUCGUUAUAAUUCUAAGAUUGAAAAAAUAAAAUAUAAUGAUGAACAUAUUAUGAAUGAUCAAAUGGAAGUAACCACAAAAGCGUAUGGUCUUAUGGAAUAUCUAUUUAAAGAAAAUGAUGACAAAUAUAAUGAAAUGGAUAAUCAUAUUAAUCACAUUAAUCAUAUUAAUGAUGAUAAUAAUAAUAAUAAUGAUAAUAUGAAGAAGAAAUAUUUUUCGGAUGAUGAUAAUAUAAAUAAUUUAUGUGAUGAAAAAAAUUUUCGUAAUUGUCAUAUAAAAUCAAAUAUCCAUAAUAAUCAAGACAUAUUAAAUAUGAACAAUUCAAAUAAUCAAACUGACAUUUCUAAUAUAUCAAAAAAAUAUUCUAUAAAAAAAAAUAAAAACACUAUGAAAAAUGAAUUACACAAUAUGUCAUAUAUAUCUUCUUUUAAUAAUAUAAAAAAUGAGGAUAUUCUUAAUAUACAGAAUGAUCAAUUAUCUUAUGACACAAUAAAAUUAAAUAAUUCCCCAAAGAAUUACCAUGCAAAUAAUUUAAUACAUAUAAAUAAUUGUGAUUCUAUUUCUAGAGACACAAUAAACAAUGAAGAAAAUGAAAUUAUAUCAGACAAAUAUAAUGAUAAAUUAAUGAGUUAUAAAAAUUAUGAUUCACACAAUGAACAAUUAUUAAACGAAGAAAAAAAUAAUAAAAACCAAAAAAUGAAAACAAAAUUAAAUAAAAAAAAACAAUUAAAUAUAUAUGCAUUAAAUAAUAAUAAUCAUGAUGAUCAACAAAUAAAUAAUCACAUGAAAGAUACACCAACUGAUGCAAAUAUAAAUGAAAAUAUACAUACAAAUAAAAAUACAAGUGUUAAUAUUUCCAUGGAUAUAGAAAAUGUUUCAAAAACAAAUAAAGAAAAAAAUAUAAAAAAAAAUAUCCAAAUGAAUCAAAAAGGUAAUAAUAAUGUUUCUAAUGUUACUCCUACUAUAACCAAUCCAAAAAAAAUUAAAAUGAAUAACACUGUGAAAAAAAAAAGCAUACAAGAGGUGACCACCUUACAAAGUAAUAAAAAUACUGUUCUCAAAAUUAAAGGUGGAGAAGAAAAACAAAAGAAGAUCAUACAAACAAAAAAUAUCACAAGUAAAAUACCAAAUAAAAAUAGUACAAACAAAGGAGAAACUGUAUUGGUACCUAGUAAGAAAAAGGAAAAACUUAUGAACAAUUCAGAAAAAAAGGAUAAAGAAGAAAAUUGUUUAAACAAGGAAAAUAGAUUAAUUAAUCAAAAAAUUAUGAAUACAUCUAUCAAUUUUGAUGAUACACAAAAUUUAAGUGAUGAGGAUAAAUUUAUUUUCGAUUCUUAUUUGAAUGAAGAAAAUACAAAAAAGGAGAGUUUACAAGAAAUUAUAAGUAACCAAGUUCGUCAAUUUGAGCAAAUCUUUUUAUGA